CUGCACAAGCGCUGCGUGGUACUCCACCACACUCACGUGUGGGAGGAAGUGCUGAGCAGGCUGUGGAAGGAAGUGAUGCUGUGAACAAGCUAUAUGCUGAGGGGGAGUAGCAGGGUGUUAGUGCGUACUGUGACAUGUUUGCUUUAGAGCUAGUCUCUCUUCAGCCACAGCAGGCUGUCCUUGUCAAAAUACAGAGGCAGUGUGUUGACCAUUGUGUAUGAGGGAGGAGGUCCUUUUGGAAAGUCUUCAGAGGGUUGGUAGUGACGUAGUUUCAGUAUGAGUAUCUUGUGCUAUAAUAAAACCCACAGCCUUGACUAUCAUAGCUUUCUUAGCCGUCACAAUGGCUUACAGAAGCAGUCAAGUUGGUCAAUGGACCAACCUCCAACAGUGGUUAGUACCAACGAACAUUCUGUUAGCAAAAAAUCAUUACAAAUGGAUCUCAACUGAUCUCAACAAUAUCAUUAGCCCAACUAUUGCAUAAAAUACAGUAGAGCGACAACAACUUUAUCAUAUCUUAAGCAUAUCAUUGACAUUUUUCCCAGGUGCUACUGUAUCUGUAUUACAAAAAGGUGGUGGUAGAACAUCAGUGAAGAUAUGCUAUCCAGAUGUGUCUAGAUUCUGUAGUUGACCAGGAGGUCAGAAACCUGGAAAGGUUAGAAACAUAUAGGAUUGUCAGCAUAGCAUUGGUGGUAGGAGGUGCUUUGUGACUUGAUGACCAAGAAGAGUGAUAUAGGAUUGAACAGAACGGGUCCCUUCAUACCCUUAUGCUCAAAUAGUUAUGGCCAGGAUAGACGCCUCUGUGGUGUUAGGAAGAAGAUUAAUGACAAGAGAUCUUAAAAAUAACUAGAGCAGAGAUGGGGGGCGACUGAGUUUACAGAAGGCAUGAUAUUGAUCUUUGCUGUUCUUACUGGCAAAGUGGAGUUCUGAACUCGACGUAGGUUUGAAGGAGGUCUUUCUUUUUGGCAUCUGAAAGCCUACGCGAGUGGUAAAUUGCGACGGUGGGCAGGAAGGGUCAAAAAGGAGAACAAAAGAGCAAAAAGGAGGACAUGCCACAUUGGUCCGGCCAAAGGGCUAGAAAUCCAGAUGUUUGGUCACCCUAGGAGACAAUGGGGUUACAUACCGUACAACGUAGGGGUGGCUGACUCAUCAUUAACCAUUAUACAAAUCGGUUCAGCGAAUGUAUUUCCGGAAAGGGGAAAUGCAGGCAAUACAGGAUUUGUCUUUCCCAGAAAGUGUGUAAGAUCAGGAUCAAGACAGCUCCUGGACUUUCCUGAUAGUAAUCGGAGACACCGUAACAAACGAAGAAAGGGACUCCUUGGUACUUUUUAGUUUUGUUUCUGUUUAAUUAUUAUCUGUAGAGGGACGUCCCUAUAUAAUUACAAAAGUAAAACCUCGAGAAGGUGACCUCACCCUCUAUUACUUGCGAAGUAAAAAAAAAAAGCAGCACACAAGAACAGCUGAUAAACACGUCUUACUAAUAUCAUGUGUUCAAGGUGAUCCAUCAAUUAAACGAUCUUGUGCUCUAUCUAUCGCAGAGGUCAUGAGAUGCUGAAGUCGACGUGUCUCUUUAUCGUCAUUUUGAAACGCGUCAUAACAUAUCAUAACAUAUUUCCUUUUCCAAUGUAGAGUAAGGAGACAAGAAUAAAAAGACCCAAAUAGGAAAUAAACUGUCAGUCCAGAAUAUAACCUUGCUGACGAUUUGCUUGUUGGCAGUUACACGUAAGACUAUUUGUAGUAUCAUGCCAACCAAUGCCAAAGAGAAGUCCAACAUGUAAACGUGUUCUUAAAAAAACUUUAACAAAAGUGUGAUAAUCAGACAAUAAUAUCCAACAAUUUCAAAGAUACCAUUGAGGUUCAGUUUAAUAAAGAAAACCAGACCAGCACUUCACUGUAGGCUACAUGUUUAUGAUGCAUUUAAAAAGUAACCACUAGGCUCAGCCAUAGAGGCUACAAGCUCCUCCUACCAUAUAUAUGAAGACGCUUCUGAUACUUAACCUGCAUCAACAAGAGGCUACACUUGAGAGCGGAUGAGUGUGCUGGACUGCUCCUUGCUGUCAGAAUGCUGGGUGUGAUCUACAGCCCUACUCUGAACCCUGUGAGAGCUAUGGAUCUACUCAUCUUGGCUUGGUGUUUCGCUCUGCUCCCAGCUGGCUGUAUCAGUGCUGAAGAGACAGCAAUAGGCUGUAUGCGAUGGGAGCCCCAUAAAACUACAGAUGUCUGCUGUGUUCAUUGCAAACCAGGGAACCGUGUAGUUAGCCGCUGUGGUCCAGAUCCCAAAGAACUGUGUACUCCUUGUGAGGAAGGCACCUACACAAAAGACCCUUUAAAGUUUGACUGUAAACAAUGUACCACGUGUACAGGUGCCUUUAUUCUUAAAAAAAGGUGUACAACCACCAAGGACACUGAGUGUGACUGUUCAGCGGGGUAUAAAUGUGGUGAUGAAGGCUGCACCUUCUGUGUCAAAGAGUGUGGCAAGGGCGAAGAGCCUACAAAUCAACGAUCUUGCCAAAAGUGUCCUCAGGGGACAUUCAAUGACCAGAUACACCAGAAGUGCAAACCUUGGACAACCCGCUGCCCCCAUCCAAAUCAACACAUUGUUGCCAGCGGGGAUGCAGUCAGUGACAUUAAGUGCAGCACCAGUAAAAGCAACCACUCAGACCCUGUGGUAGUCACCUUGCCUUCAAGAAACACAGGAAUCAGCUUUGUUCCAGAAAACAGAGAUAACACAGGAUGGGUUGUAGCAGUCACCUGCGCUGGGUUUCUGGUCAUUGUCAUCAGCAUCAUCAGCAGCAUCAUGUUACACAAAAGUGUUCAAAAGAAACUACCCCCCAAGACCCCUAAUCCAUUCGGACCCAUCAUUCGGAAUCCCACUACAGAUGAGCCCCAGACCCUGGUAUCAUGCAGCUGCCAUCAGCCUCAGCAGGAGCAGGGAAGCAGCACCGAGUCUCUGACCUCUCAGGAGUCCAAAGCCCCACUCUUGAAUGAGAUCAGACUGAAUCAGACUCCCUAAAGACUAGACUCGGACAACAACCUAAUAAAUGGCCAUGAAUAGACUAUUGUCCAUUCAACUGUUGGGUACUUAAAUGUUACUCUCCUACGUCAAAACCUUUUUAACAUCAAAGAAGAAUGAAUGUGUAUGUUUUUCAAACGUGUCUACUUCAAUGUUAGUACAUUUGUUUUUUAAGAGUUUUGUUUUUACAGUUUUUACAGUACACGUGUCAACCAGUUAUGUGGAAUUAACGGUCUGGCAGAAGAGGAGGGGGAAUUCUGAAGGGGAAGAACAUCAGGUAUCUCAUAACCAUUUUAAACAUCUAGGGACUCUUGUUGGAUGACCGGUCCCAAUAUUUACAUGUAUGGGAACCACCCUGAAGUUAUUUGCAACAUUCAAAAGUAAUCCAGUCAUAAAACAUGGACAUCUAGUUAGACUUUAUGUAUAGUAAGAUAUUUGGUGAUGGCUUCUCUGUGUGACAAGUGACAUUUGUGUUAUGAAGUGCGAGGGAGGGCUGGGCCUUCUCUGUACAGUCAAGCAAAGGUGGGAGUUCAAACCACAGCGAGUCAUUGAGUGCUCACGUCUGUGUUCUUAGCCCCCAUGCCUCCCACAUGGGGUUCUACGUCAGGCAGCCUUUCUUGCCCUUUCCUGUAAAGGGUUUGACAUGCUCUUUAUAGUGAAUGAAAAUGUGUCAUUGCACAAGAUACCCUGAAGUUUAUUCUUGUACAUGGUGCAGAAGCAGUCAGGUAAAAAAGGACAUAAAGACACUUUUGAAAAGAGCUAUUCGAAUCAUUAGGCCUACUUUUACAUUUUGUAAGGAACUCGACCUUAGACAGUAUGUGUGAUGUUUUUUUAUUUGUAUCUGAUUUAAAGUCCACAUAAUCUCAUUUACUUCCAUGAUAUAAUGUAGACACGUCCUUUAAACAAGUGCAGCAGUGUACAUGACACUGCAUAAUAAUAGGAAAGGAGGACUUUCCCAUGGGACUCUUUUUACAAUAGAGUUUCCCCAGUAACUGUAAAUGUCAUGAGAAAGGUCAGAUUGCUUUUAUCAUGUGUUAAUGCAACAGAGCUUAAUAUAACACGCGUUAUACCAUAAAAGACUUGAUAUGAUCAAGAACCAAGUUCUCCUUUUCACAACCAAUUUGUAGUUUCAGGGUGUUCCCUGUUCAGUCUUGUUAAAUCAUAUCUCCAUUUGGAAAGAGUGUUUAUGAAUUACUUCUUAUGAUGUGACUAAAUAGUAUGCCAGGUCUGUGAUUAAAUGUCAAAACCUGUAAUGCCUCAAUGUUUCUGGUGAUCGGGUAUUGAAGAAACUUCUUACAUUCCUGUGUGGAUGUGUCAUACUAAAGACAGGGUAAAUAGAUAACAUGACUCAUAUAAAGGGGUUAGUUUUGGGUAGAGUGCCCAGGUAUAUAUGUUAGCACUUUUAAUGUUAUAUAUGUUAGGACUUUUAAUCUUUUAGAUCUUAAUCAGCCUUUAACAGCUGACAAAGGUAGAGGCGGACCUUUCAGUAGAGUUUAACAGCUACACUUCAAUACUCUAAAAUAGCAAUGGAACAUCAUUGAGUAGGUUCAAAAGACUGAUUGAGGUCACAGAAUGGAAACGUUUACAUAGUGUUGUAACGUGAAUGAAUCAUGAGUCCAAAGUGCUGAUGAGUCAUACAUGAGUAAUACAGUAGCCUAGCCCUGAAACUGAGAACUGUUAGAUACAGGUCUCUAUGGAUCAAGACUAGAUGGGUUAUUAAACAAUGGUGUGUAUACAGUCAUGUAUGUAUAUCUAGAAAUAUUAUUGGUCAUUGUUACUAUUUAUUAGUUCAUAUUUUCAGAGUGUAUGUUUUCUAGGCAAUGCAAUUUCAAGUUUUGAUAUUAGUGAAUAAAAAGUAUAUUUUCUUGUU